AAUGCGCCACUUCCUGUUUAAAGUACAAACCGGAAUCUGGAAAAGAGCAGCUUUCCUCUCUUUUUCAUACGACGAAAUGUUAGAUAGGUUUAGUAUAAAUGAAAAAGUGAUUUAAGCUGUUCAGCCAAAGUCAUAAAUUUGGCUUUUAGGAUUAGAUUCGCAGGUUUUUAGUGGAUAUUGUUCCGUGCAGGAAAACAGUCGCCAAAUGAGUGGAGCAGCAUUUCCCUCCCCAACAGCUGAGAUGGCGCAGAUCAACCGCAUCCAGUACGAGCUGGAGUACACGGAGGGCAUCAGCCAGAAGAUGCGCAUUCCCGAGAUGCUGAAAGUGGCUCCUCAUGGCUCAGAAGACCCCACUGUGGGAAACCGAGAACUACUCCCUAGUGUCAUUAUGCAAGUUCCAGAAAGAAUUGUGAUUUCAGGUCAUUCUGCAGACUCCCAGUUCUCCAGACCCAGAGACCUAGACCUCAUUCAGUCAACGCCUGUAGAAAGUCUGUCGCUCAAAACUCCACCCAGGGUCCUCACCCUCAAUGAGCGGCCUCUGGACUUCAUGGAGGAGGAGCAGCAGCAGCGUGCCGCUCCGGACUGUGACGAGCUGAUCCGCCCCCAAGGGCGCCUGAGGAGGGAACGGUCGGCUAGCGAGAACGCUGCCGCCGCACGCCAUAACAGCCACCUGCCAUCCAAUGAUUCAAUUGCAGCCUCACACCCCCCAGCCACUGUCCAAUGCCCCCCUCCCAGCGUGGCUGAGGAGCUCAACCUGUACAACGCUAGUGGUGUUAUAUCUUUUAUCCAGUCCACCACCCGUCGGGCCUACCAGCAGGUCCUGGAGGUCUUGGAUGAAAACCCAUGCAGCAAACCAUCACUGAGGGGGGGGUCGGCUUCCAGCUCUAACCCCCUGAACGACCCCAGGCUGGGGUUAUCAACAUAUGAAGCUUCUCUGGAAGGGCAGAAUGAAGACCUGACCGUCGUCGAUGCUACAACAAUUCGCCGUCAGCUCAUCAAGCUGAACCGGAGACUCCAACAUCUGGAGGAGGAGAAUAAGGAGAGAGCAAAGCGAGAGAUGAUCAUGUACUCCAUCGCCGCUGCUUUCUGGCUCAUCAAUACCUGGGUGUGGAUGCGGCGUUAGGCGUGGGACAUGACACUGUCGUCGCCAUGGCAGCAAAAUGCAUCUUUCUCUCCUCAGUGUUUCAAAUAUUAGCUACUCGCUGCACUCUGUCUCGGCCUAAGGAGACGUCAGCCUCUCGUUUGCACACGAAGGAUUUGAUUGAGUUUAUUUAAAACAUGUACAGUUUUAUUUUUUUAUUCUUCUCUCAUCCUGUUUGUUGGUUUUUCUUGAUUUCAUCCAAAACUGACUGCUCAAAGCGGAAAAUGUCAUGUAAAUAUUUCUUCAUUGCACUUAAAGGUGUCAGCGCGGCUUCACGUCCAAUCAGUCAGUUUGGUCAUAUUGGAAACUCCAGCUUUAGCGCUGAAAUGUAAAUUCAUGUAGUCUGCAACUCCUUUAUUGAUUGAUUCAGACUCUGAAACUUGAUUCUACUCAGUAAAGCCUUCCUUUAUUGA